CCUUGGAACAGAAUUCUUUAUAUGGCAACAGUCAACACUUGUCAAACCCUAGUACGUUGUUUGUCAAGUCGUGUCAAUUUUCGGAAUAACAAACGGUUAUCUUGCGUUAUUAUGUCGAAACCCAUAAAAAGUUCAGCUAGGAGGUUAAUUUAUACAAUGAUGUGUAAAUUUAAAGCAAAACAAGAAGAGCGAGCCUCUGCCUUUCGCGAGAAAGAACGAUAUUUCCAUGAAAUAAUGGCUGCCACAGAGAGGAUAAGAGAUAAAGCCGAUGACAGCAGCUUAAAUGAGUUGAAUGAUAUUAAUAAUGCUGUGAAGAGUUUACAACAACUAGAGGAAAAUAGUCGGCUCAAAACGGAAAUUCAAUUUGUGCAAGAAAUUUCUGCAAUGACAGAUGUUGGUACAGCUACUAUCAAAAGAAUAAAAAAAGAAGGACAGUCAAAUGCAGGUGUUUGGAAUACUCCCGGGAAAAAGCGUCCACAUAAACCAACAGUUGCCAAUUUGGAUAGUUUUGACAUUAACGCGAUCAGGCAGAAGAUCAAUGAAUACUACACAGUGAAGAAACAGGUGCCUACUUUACGUACCUUGUUAACAGAUUUAAGAGAGAGCAUAGGAUUUACCGGAUGUCGUGAAACGUUGCGCAAAAUUUUAUUAUCCAAUGGCUUUGAGUUCAAAAAAAAUAUAAACGAACGUAGUAUAAUCAUGGAGAGAUAUGACAUAGCAGCAUGGAGGCACAGAUUUUUGAGAGCCAUUAGUAAAUACCGCCAGCAAGAAAAGCCGUUAAUUUAUUUGGAUGAAACAUAUAUUCAUCAAAAUUAUAGGCCAAAAAAAACAUGGCAAGGUCCAUCUACUAGCGGCGUGAUUGAAAAAAUUUCCCCAGGAAAACGUUUCAUUAUUGUACAUGCCGGGUCCGAAAAAGGAUUUGUGCCUAAUGCCCUCUUGGUUUUUAGCACAAAAUCUAUGUCAGCUGAUUAUCAUCACGACAUGAACCGACAGAACUUUUUAAAAUGGCUGCAAGAGAAAUUAAUCCCUAAUUUAAGGGAACCAAGUGUAAUAAUAAUGGAUAACGCAAGUUAUCAUUCAACUCAGGUAAAUAAACCACCCACAAUGCAUCAGAGAAAGGCAGAAAUUCAAGAUUGGCUCACUACCAAUGGAAUUGAUUAUGAAACUUACAUGUCGAAGGAAGAGCUGAUGUGUCUGGUAGACAAAUACAAGCCCGACCCAAAAUAUGAGGUCGACGAAAUUUUAAAAGAAAUUGGACAUGAAGUUCUACGGUUGCCCCCAUACCAUUGUGACCUUAACGCCAUUGAACAAAUAUGGAGUUUAGCUAAAAGGAAAGUUGGUAGCAAAAAUAUGGGUCUCAGUGUAAAAGAAGUGGAAAAAGCGAUUUCGACGGAAUUUGGGACGGUAACUCCAGAGGACUGGAAAAAAUGCACUGAUCAUGUACUGCACGUGGAACAAAAAUAUAUAGAACGAGAUGGAAUCGUCACAACAUUAGAACCAUUCAUUAUAAAUGUAACCAGUGACAGGGACUCAAGCAGUGAGUCUGAGGAGCCAGUUGAGUUUUUGGAAUCUGAUUUUGACUAUGAUAGUUAG